AUGAAUUUAUCGAUUACGCUACCGUCUAAGGCUAAUCAUCUAGAGAAGUAUAAAGAUCUUAGUAAGUUUUUGUUCCACUUGCAUUCAUUACCUGUACGAGAUAUUAUAUUUUUUGAUGAGUCAAUAUUAGGGUUCAUCAUUUUAAAGACCCCCCCAAAUACUCAGAGUUAUAAACCAUCUAAGGUAUUCGUCGACAUAUCAAUUUUACUGGCAGAUAUACUUGAAUCAAAAGCAGAUAUCGAAAAUGAUAAGUUUAAUUCCAGUAUUAUAAAUACAACUUUGGGCUCUGAUGACAUUAUCUUUCAAGGUGAGAAUAAUGAUGAGCACUAUAUAAUAUGGAAGUUUGAGGUGCCUGUAACAUAUCCAAAAAAGAAAGUUAAUAACCCAAACGUACUGUUUUCAUGUUUUAUAAGUGACAAAGAAACAAAGGAUAGUCCGAUCAAUGACAGUGGACCCAUUGCUGAGAAGAAGUUGGCCGACUAUCAACCGAGUUAUUCUAGAAAUCUUUUAUCCGAAUUAAAUAACCAAGCGAAGAGUGCUGAAUCCAAGUAUCUAUUGACUAUAGAGCCGGAUGUGCAAGAAACUCAACCGUCCAUAAUAAUUGACGAAAAGCUGGCAUCUAUUCUAAAAGCUAGCAUAACCAUACCAGUAUCGGUGUCCUUGGUUAUUAAACUAAAAUCUACAAAGCCUGCCGGAAGAAAUAACAUCCUAUUAUCUUCAUUGAAUAUAGAACUGUCAGAGGAAUUAAUCAAGCUUUUGAGCGAACUGAAGGAACAUUAUUACUUCAAUAUCUUGAACUUGUCGUUAGACUUUAAAAACGGAACCAUAGAUGACUUAAACUCAUUCAAGGAUAAAUUUCCUAUUAAUUUUAAGCUAAUUGACUCGGUAAGUUUAUCUUACAGACUUGUAAAUAAUGAAUUCUUGGAAAAAGAUUUAAAGCAAUUUGAUAACACUUCAAAUAUGAAUCAGUUUUCGAAAUCGAUUAGCAUAAGACUUACAUUACAAGUUCAAAAAUUCAUUCCAGAUCUAAAUACAUUUGAAGACAUAAGUAACGUAAUAACUACCAGCUGGUCACCGUUUUUGGAUUUCAGUAUAAUUGCACCCCCAAUUAAUAAUUCGUUAAAAACCACCACAAACUAUUCUCAAUUCCAGUCACUGCCUAACUCACAGCCAUUCAAGUAUAAUAACGUCAAAAAAAACAAUUUACUAAAACCGAAAGUUUUAUCAUCACAAGCAUCUAUAACUAGUGGAAAUCAAAUUAAUACAGGGUUUUCGAAUUUUAAUAUUAAUAGCACCAAAAGGCUUAGCAAGGCCUUGAUUUCUUCAUCAUCUUCUUCAGUUACAGUUAACUUAACGACUAGUAAUAACUCUACCUUAUCUGGAUUAAAGUUAACGUUUCAGGGAAAGCUUAAUUUAAAACUAGGGGAAAUCGUGAAUUGGAAUUUACAAGCGAUUAAUAAUUCACCCAAUAAACUAAAUUUAUCAUUAGUUGUCCAAAAUCCAAUAAAUCUAAAUUAUGGCCAAAAAAAUGCUAAUACUUCAAAUAAUACGUCAUCUUCCAAUUUGUUGAACUCGACUUCUGACAAUAAAGAAAUACUAGUAUACAAUAAAGUUCAACUCUUUUCGCUAUAUCAUUCGUUGAAAUUAAAUACCAGCGGAAUUAUAAUUUUAAAUAAUGACAUUAGAAUAGGACCUUUAGAACCUAAUAGUGUUUUCGAAACAAAUCUCAAUCUUAUUGGAAUAUCUCAAGGUAUUUUCAAUUUAGAUGGUAUCAAGAUAUUUGAUACCUCUAGUGGCGAUGGUUUGGAUUUCGGUAAAUUGGUGGAGGUUUUUGUUGUCUAA